UCACACAUGAACAAUCAACCAAUUGACAUUGACAACUAAAACUCACUCCACCGUUACUUCCAUUGUCAAUAAAUUGUUUAAAUAAUAAUUACCAUAAAGCUGAUAUUUAAAUUUAUUAAUUACACUGCAAAAUUUGAACGCAAAGCAGAGCUUGGAGUUUAUUGUCAAGCUGUCUGAAAAUAAACAAUCUGGCUGGAAUAUCUCAGAUUUUUUAAAAAUGAGUAAAUGUAACUAACCACUGUCAAUUUUUAAAUUUCGAAGUAAAUAAAUAAAACGUGAUAAAUAAUUAUUAAUGGGGCUCCAUGAAUAUUCGACCUGCCCAAUGGACCAGUUAUUUGAAGAUUUAAUAAAAGAAUUAAAGCACAUAGCGCCCGGAGCACGUCUAUCCUAUUCAAUAAGAAAUCGUCUAGAGCAGCAUAAAAAAUUCCUACGAAAAGAAAUAGUGAAUCGUGUAAAAGAUGACUGCGCUCCGUUAUUUAUUGCCUGUAAAAGCGGUCACGUGGAGAUUGUGGAAUAUCUGAUAACAGUAUGCAAUGCUGACAUUGAGCAACGAGGGAUGUAUGAAGUACCUGACGAUAGAUCUGUUCACUUCGUAACACCUCUAUGGUGUGCCGCUGUUGCUGGUAAACUGCCUGUAUUGAAGUGUCUUGUGUCUCAUGGUGCUGAUGUCAAUGCAGUGUCUGAUACUGGUUCAACACCCGUAAGAUCUGCGUGCUUUAUGACACACUUAGAUGUUGUGGAGUAUUUAGUUGAAAAUGGUGCUGAUAUUAUGCAAGCUAAUUAUAAUGGAGGGACAUGUUUAAUAAAUUCUGUUCAAAGCGUUGAAUUGUGUACAUUUUUAUUGAGAAAUGGUAUUGAUGUUAAUGCAAGAGAUAUACAAAAUAAGACUGCCUUACAUUAUGCAAUACAAGAGCAUAGAUUUGAAACAACAAAAUUACUUUUAGCGUACAAUGCUGAUCCACAUUUGAGAUCAAGAUAUAAUGAUGAUGCAUUGCAGACCGCAUGUAUCAAGCAGGCGACGCAAAUAUUCGAUUAUUUAAUUGAGAACGUGCAUUAUUCACCUGAAAGUCUUGCAAAUGCCCACGAGUUAAUGGGCUCAACGUUUUUUGAUGAACAUAACGAUGCACAGACGGCAUUAAAGUACUGGCGCAAAGCAAUGGAGAUAAGAAACGCCAAUCUAGUCGAUAAUUUACCACUGCCGAAGAAACCACAGAUGCCAAAGAGAGAUUGUUUUAGAAAUAUCGAGGAAUUUUCUACCCUAGAUGAAUUGAACGCUAUCGCAUAUGAUCUGGACGCCAUACGGAUACAGAGCUUGCUAGUUUGCGAGCGAAUACUUGGUGAGCAUCACAAAGAUACACUUUAUAGACUGAUGUAUCGGGGUGCUGCUUAUGCUGACGCUUUGCGAUAUCAAUAUUGUAUUGAUUUAUGGCGACGUGCAUUAGAAAUUCGUGUUAAAAAUGAUUCCAUACUUUUUACUGAUACCUGUUUUACGGCACAAGCUAUUGUGAGAAUAAUGAUUGAUUUAAAUGAAUCAAUUGAAUCUAAUGGUGAUAAAGAAGGCCCAAAAUAUUCGGAUGUUGUUGGAGUAUUUAAUUUACUUUCAUGUCAAAUUAUUGAAGCAAGGCAAUGGCUUCAGCAACAUCCGAUUCAUAGAAAACAACAAGACAACUACGACCGUAUAUUAAAAUGUGUAACACAUUUGAUAUAUUUAUUGAUACAAACAGGACAAACGGAUGAACAGAAAGCAGAAACGCGCCAACUUGUACAUAAAUUAGUUAAACAAAAUCCACGAUCAGCGUUUACUGGUGAUACGUUAUUACAUCUAUGUUUGUCAAGUAUAAAUACUAUUUCGUCAAGUUAUUUUAAUUCUGAAAUUACUCAGGUAAUCUUCCCAGAAAUAGAGACCGUGACAUUAUUACUAGAGUGCGGUGCUCAUGUAAAUGCUAAAAAUGAAUUACGUUCAACUCCACUUCACGUCGCAAGUAAUGCUUACAAUUUUCAAAACUCGUUGAUUAAAUUAUUACUAGAUUACGGUGCACAUUUGGAUACUCCGAAUUAUAUUGGAGAUACACCCGCACGUUUCAUAAGAAGAAAUCCUCACAAUAGUGUGAAUCUCGUUAAUUACAUGACACUUUGUUGUUACGCAGCACAAGCGAUAUUGAAAUACGAAAUUCCAUGCGAAGAUUUGCCUGUGACGUUGCAUGAAUUUUUGGAAUUUCAUCGGGAAUAAAAAUAAUUAUUUAAAAAUUUUAAAUCAUUAAAUUAAAACUCUAAUCUUUAUCACGUCUUAUCAAUACGCGAAUUAUACGGUAAAGGAUCAAUAUAAAUACAAACAUAUAAAUACACGUAUUAAAUAAAAGAGACAAAAUAAGAGAAUUAAUAAAUUUCUAA